GAGACGCUCGAGCUGAUGCGACGGCCUGCGUCAGAAAACCAGAGCGUUUGCUGCUUUCUCGGAACAAAGAGUAGAGAGAGGGAGAGAGGAGAGCAACCACAAGAGAAGCAGAGUUUCACUACAAUUUCUAGAGAGAGAGAGAUAAUGGAGAGCUUCCCAGUGAUCAACAUGGGGAACCUGAAUGGUGACAAGAGGGCAAUCACCAUGGACAAGAUCAAAGAUGCCUGUGAGAACUGGGGCUUCUUUGAGGUACGACUCUCUCUCCCUCUAACCUACUUAUGCUUUAAAGAAGUCGGUCUAACAUCUUGGAUUGUCAUGUCUUGGAAAAUGACCAAAAUGAAGCUGGUGAAUCAUGGGAUUCCGCCGGAGAUGAUGGACACGAUCGAGCGGAUGACGAAGGGUCACUACAAGAAGUGCAUGGAGCAGAGGUUCAGAGAGCUGGUGGCGAGCAAGGGGCUCGAGUAUGUCCAGACAGAGGUCCGUGACUUGGACUGGGAAAGCACCUUCCACUUGAAGCAUCUCCCUGCCUCCAACAUCUCCCAGAUCCCAGAUCUUGAUGAUGACUACAGGAAAGUCAUGAAGGAGUUUGCAGUGAAGCUGGAGAAGCUGGCGGAGGAGCUCUUGGACCUGCUGUGUGAGAACUUGGGGCUGGAGAAAGGCUACUUGAAGAAGGCCUUUUACGGGUCCGACGGGCCAACCUUCGGCACCAAGGUCAGCAACUACCCGCCGUGCCCGAAGCCGGACCUGAUCAAGGGUCUCCGGGCCCACACUGAUGCUGGCGGCAUCAUCCUGCUCUUCCAGGACGACAAGGUCAGCGGCCUGCAGCUCCUCAAGGAUGGCCAGUGGGUCGACGUCCCCCCGAUGCGCCACUCCAUUGUCGUCAACCUCGGCGACCAACUCGAGGUGAUAACCAACGGGAAGUACAAGAGCGUGCUACACCGGGUGGUGGCCCAGACAGAUGGGAACAGGAUGUCCAUAGCUUCAUUCUACAACCCGGGCGCAGACGCCGUGAUCUACCCGGCACCGGCGCUCGUGGAGAGAGCAGCAGAGGAGGCCAGUGAAGGGACUUACCCAAAGUUUGUGUUUGAGGACUACAUGAAACUGUAUGCUGCUCUCAAGUUCCAAGCCAAGGAGCCAAGAUUCGAAGCCAUGAAAACCAUGGAGUCAAACCCCAAUUUGGGCCCAAUUGCAACCGCUUGACUUUGGGGAAUUUCG